AAAGGGAGACACCGAGGGGGGAAGGAAAGGGCAUACUCGACCAGUGCAAAAAAAGGGAUUAUCUGAGAUAUCAGCUUUAAAAUAAUUGCAAAUCGGGAUUCAAAGAAAAUCCUGAGCCUAACAUUUGUCACUUUGGAGUCCAUUCAAAAUUUAAGACUAGUAAAAGCAACUUUUGUGGUAAGCCUAAAUCAUGGAGGGUCUCCUGCAUUACAUAAAUCCUGCACAUGCCAUUUCUCUCUUGAGUGCUUUAAAUGAGAAACGUCUAAAAGGGCAACUCUGUGAUGUUGUUCUUAUAGUGGGAGAUCAAAAAUUUCGAGCUCAUAAAAACGUUCUGGCUGCUAGCAGUGAAUACUUUCAGACUCUGUUCACUAAAGAAAAUGAGACUCAAUCAGUGUUUCAGCUUGACUUUUGUGAACCAGAUACUUUUGAUAAUGUAUUAAACUACAUUUACUCAUCUUCCUUGUUUGUUGAGAAAAGCAGCCUUGCAGCUGUGCAAGAAGUGGGGUACAGUCUUGGAAUUUCUUUUCUUACUAACAUUGUUUCUAAAAGUCCUCAAGCUCCUUUGCCUGCAUGUCCUAUUAAGAAAAUAAUGGUCCAGGAGGAAGAUGAAAGCAUGUCCCAGAAACGAAGUGUCAUAGUUUGUCAGAGCAAAAAUGAAGCACAGGGGGAAAAUGUUGUUCAACCCCAUCAUGAACUAAGCCAUAGUUUUAAACUCUCAUCUUCAGUUGCCAUCAAAACUAAGCACCCACAAGUAACACAGUCAACUGAGUUUCUGCACAGUCUACCACUAAAUGAAAAGAAAUGGUUGAAAGACAAUUUUGUAAGAUACUCCAAGUGCCAUGACACUUCUGGUGUACUGGAUGACCAAAGUAGAACUAAAAGAAAUGCAAUGUUAUCACAGACACCUUUUUCAGACAAGGAAGUGAUAGCAGAUGAACCAAGAGGAACGUCAGCUGAAGUACCUUUGAAAAGGCCAUGUCCACCAGUUGUAUCUGUACGUAGUUCUUCAGAAUCUACAUUUUUAUUGCAAGAGAUGGGGAAAGGAGCUGGUGCAGGGGAAGAUAGGAAUUUGCUAUACUAUUCAAAGUUAGGGUUAGUGAUUCCAUCUAGAGUACCUGUUUCUGAAAACCAAAGUAUUGACAGGAGUGGGCCACUUGUAAAAAGUCUUCUACGAAGGUCGUUGUCCAUGGAUAGUCAGGUUCCUGUUUAUUUACCUUCUGCUGACCUGAACUCUUCACUUGUGUCUUCAGCAAUCAGCAACGCACAAGGGAGAACAUUAAACAUAAUAUCCCCAAAGCCAUCCAUGAAAGAACCUUCAGAAAAGGCAUCUGUUGAUGACAAGACACAGGUAAUUCACCCACAUCGCCUUAGAUCCUUUAGUGCCUCCCAGUCAACAGACAGGGAGAUAACAUCUCCUCCUCUUACUGAAAUACGGAUAAAAACUGAACCUAGCAGUCCUCUUUCAGAUCCUUCUGAAAUUAUAAGAGUUACAGUGGGGGAUGCAUCAUCUGCUAAUAAAAGUCAUCUGUGUAAAAUCGAAGAUGACUGUAGGGAUUUGAGUAGACUUCCAGCUAAAAGAAGAUUUCAAGCAGACAGAAGGUUUCCAAUAAAAAAAAUUAAGGUGGAUGAACGUGCUUCCCCUGGGUCAGAGGACAAUUUUGAGGAAAACUCAAAUCCUGUACCACUUGAAACUGAUUUCCCUGAUUCUGACAUUAGCAAAGACGAAUAUGGUGAAUUGGAAGAAACAAAGCCUAACAAAAAGUUUAAGUGCAAACAUUGCCUUAAGAUUUUCAGAUCUACUGCAGGCCUUCAUCGCCAUGUCAAUAUGUACCACAAUCCUGAAAAACCAUAUGCUUGUGAUAUUUGUCAUAAGAGAUUUCACACAAACUUCAAAGUUUGGACUCAUUGCCAGACACAGCAUGGAAUUGUGAAGAACCCCUCACCUGCUUCCAGUUCACAUGCUGUCUUGGAUGAAAAAUUUCAAAGGAAAUUAAUUGAUAUCGUGAGAGAGCGAGAAAUUAAAAAGGCUCUGAUAGUUAAACUAAGGCGUGGCAAGCAAGGUUUUCAGGGACAGGCUGCUUCACAAGUACAAGUCAUCAAAAGAAACCUAAGGUCAAGAACCAGAGGAGCUUACAUUUGUACCUAUUGUGGGAAAGCGUAUCGCUUCCUAUCACAGUUCAAGCAGCACAUAAAAAUGCACCCGGGAGAAAAAACAGUUGGCGUAAAUAAGGUUCUUAAACCAAAAGAGGAUAUCCAUGUUGAAAGCCCAGUAGAAAACAAAAAAGUCUACCAGUGUCGUCUUUGUAAUGCUAAGCUUUCCUCUCUUAUUGAACAGGGAAACCAUGAGCGGCUUUGCCGGAAUGCCACAGUUUGUCCUUACUGCAGUCUUCGAUUUUCUUCUCUAGAACUGAAGCAUGACCAUGAAAUUGCUUGUGAGUACAAGAAGCUCACUUGCUUAGAAUGUAUGCGCACUUUUAAAUCCUCCUUCAGUAUUUGGCGUCAUCAAGUCGAAGUUCACAAUCAGAAUACCAUGGCUCCAACUGAGAAUUUUUCUUUACCAGUUCUGGAACACAAUGGUGAAGUUAGUAGUACAUCCAAAUCACAUUCUCAGUCAGAGCUCAACAAGAUGAACAACUUUGUUACAGCCAAAGAAGACAGUGUAUUCAGUGAUUCUUCAGAACAAAUUAAUUUUGAUUCAGAAGAUUCCUCAUGUCUGCCUGAAGACCUAAGUGUCUCCAAGCAGUUUAAAAUUCAGAUCAAAGAAGAACCUGCAGAUGAUAUAGAGGAGGAGGUGGUCUCUGAAGCCAUCCGGGAACCCAAGGGAACAGUUGCUAAUAAAGACACUGGUUUAUGGCCCUGUGAAAAAUGUGGGAAAAUCUUUACUGUGCACAAGCAGCUAGAACGUCACCAAGAGCUUUUGUGUUCUGUGAAGCCCUUUAUUUGCCAUGUGUGUAACAAGGCAUUCCGAACCAAUUUCCGUCUGUGGAGUCACUUUCAGUCCCAUAUGGCACAAGCUACUGAGGAACCUGUGUACAAAGAACCUGAAAUGAGUGCACCAGCUAAUUCUCCAUCACCACCACCACUGCCGCCUCCCCCGCCACUUCCAAAAAUACAGCCUUUGGAACCUGAUAGCCCUACAGGCUUGUUGGAAACACCUUCAGCUACUGAGAAAUUAUUUGUCCCACAAGAAUCGGACACACUCUUUUAUCAUGCUCCACCACUUUCAGCCAUCACAUUCAAAAGACAGUAUAUGUGUAAAUUUUGUCACAGGACAUUCAAAACAGCAUUUAGUCUUUGGAGUCAUGAACAGACACACAACUAAAAAAAUCCGUAAAAGAAUGCUGACAGGGAGUUUUAAAGAUCUCUUUAAUUUCCAUGAUGUUUCCAUGAUUGAUAGUCCCUAUACUGUAUACAAGGACAAGAACACUCAACAAUUAGACAUUUAUGAUGCUGCUGUGGAUGUGGAGAUUAAGGUAAACUACAUAAUUAUUAGAGUAAAUUGCUCAUGUUUAUAGGUAUUCUGAGGUAUUCGAGUAACAGAAUAAUUAAUUAAAAUCAGAUUACUUUUUCCUCAACUGUGAUACUGGUAUAUAUGAAUUCUUAUAAAGAGCAAUUUAAGAGUUCGGAGUAAUGGAAUCCUGCAACUAAUUUAUGCUUUUCACUGAAAACAACCCUUUCAUGAGCUCCAUAUAAAUAUCAGUUGUCCAUUGUUAGGGGGAAAAUUGAGUACCUUGCUGUGUUGACUUAGUUAUUAUGAAAUACUAGCAAUAACAAAUAAAACCUCAAAUUUGAAUUAACUUAACCCUUACUGAAAACUUUGAUAAUUAAUUGUUAAGCAUGAAAGGAGGUGUGUUUUUUGUUACUGGAAUUUUUCUGUAUGGAAAUUGUGCAAAAUACAGUACAAUCUAAAGUUAGCAAUAUGUGAAUACUUGGAUUUUUAUAUACAAAGUAGCAGCCAGCCUGCCACCAACCAUUUAAAGAAUUUUUGAAGAAAGAGUAUGAGAACAAAGUUACAGUACUUUAUUUAAUGUCUCAGAGGCUGAUAUUCUAUAGAUAUUUUGGUAACUAGAGCUAUUGUGAUAAAGGAGCAGCCAGCUGUGUAUCCUAAUACAGACUAUAUUAUUGUCUUUAAAUAUCAAUAGCAAUGCGUGGAUUUUAAAAAUUAAGUUGUACUUUGUUUAUUUCUGAUUUGUAUUGGUGUGGAUGUGAUUUAUUAAGUGAAAUA